AUGGCAAAAUCUAGGGAAGAAUUUGGAGGGGGUUCCAGCCUGGAGGACGAACUCAGCUGUCCCGUCUGCCUGUGUCUGUACAGGAACCCAGUGUCGCUGAGCUGCGGUCACAGCUUCUGCAAGCACUGCAUCCAGAAGGUGCUCGGUGCCCAGCAGCAGUCCAAGGCCCCUUACUCCUGCCCCAUGUGCAAGCUCCAGCUGGGGCCCAUCCUGGAGCUGCAGAAGAAUUUCCAGCUUUGCAGCAUUGUGGAGGCAUUUCUGGCCACUUCUUCCAAAGGACAACAGGGCAAAGGCUCUGCAGAGGUGCAGGAGGAGGUGAUUCCCUGUGAGUUCUGCCUGGAUUGGGCCCAGCCGGCGGUGAAAACCUGCCUGACCUGCGACGCAUCCUUGUGCCAGGCCCAUCUGAACAAACACAACGCCAAGCCCUCCCAGCAGGACCACAUCCUCAUGGAGGUGGGCGCGGGUGGCACGGCGGAGGAGCGGAGGUGCCCGGAGCAUGGCAGGCUGCUGGAGUGCUACUGCCAGGAUGAGGGACAGCCCGUCUGUGCGCUGUGCUCCAUCACGGACGGCCACAAAGGACACAGCAUCGUCACCCUGAAGGAGGCACAUGACAAACAGCUGGGCAAACUCUCGGACAUCGUGACACAGCUGCAGGAGCAUAAAAGCGCUUUAGCUACCGCCCUAGAAGAGCUUCAGAAAAGUGAGAAUCAGCUCAAGACUAACACAAAAACAGUGUCUUCUCAGCUGCAAAAGCUGUUUGAAGAGAUUAAGACAGGUGUGAUUCAGAAAGAGAAGAAGAUCCUCAGUGACAUUCAAUCCAAUGAGAAAACACAACUGGCAGACAUUACCAAAGUGAAGAAGGAAAUAGAACAGAAGAGAGAUGAGGCUGUGCAGCAUCUUCAGUCUUUGCAGAAGAUGAGAGAGCAACCAGAUACUUUCAUCUUCUUCAAAUGGGGCUUCAGAUACUGGUACCUCUUCAAACC